AUGAAGUCAUCCUGGCUAUAUCCCCUCACCACAAUGGCCUACUGUGCCAUUGUUGCUGCGAAUCCUUUGCCCGCGGACGAACUCUCGAACAGUGUUACUGAAAUUAUUUCCCGUGAGCCAGAGCUCCACAUGCUAGAAAAACGCUCUCCUGUUAUUCUUGGAUUAGGAGUCUACGCCUUUAUUGAAGCUGCUGGGGCUGCUGGUGGGCUCACCUUGGGUACACUGUCGAAGGUUCUUACCAACGUUUUCAAGCCAAAAGAGGCCCCAUGGGAAAACAGCGAUGCAUACUGCACAAUUUACAUACAGACUCAGGGAGGUGGGCACUGUCACAUGGAAGUCGAGCCUGGCUUUGCAGGUCAAGGUCAGACUAAGCAAGUGCACGAUGACUGGGACUGCGCCUGGAACGACUUGAACAGUGAUCCUCCAAUGGCGACCUUCAAUGAUCCUGGAAUUGGUGAGUUCCGUGUUCAAUUUGCUGCGACAGACAAAGCUACACACGAGGGCUCUCCGAAAUGCGUCUCGGAAGGGCUUUGCUCUCCUCGGCUUGAAUUCCAGAGAAAUAAGUUCUUCAUAAGAAUUGACAGCUGGGAGAGCCAGGGAGAUACCACCGAAGGGGAAUAUGGUGGCGACUAUGGUGGUGUCUGUUAUACCUAUGUUGAAGAUCAAUUCACGACCGGUGGUAAUAAACUUGCAACCAAGUAA